AAACAUGAGUGUAAAAGGCCAACUAGAGUGAAAUAUUUAUAAUGCCAACCCCAAAGGACAUUUAAAGACACAAUAAAAGGCAGCACUACCCUUAUUCUGCCUCAUAUGUUCCUGCCCUGCAUACAUAUUGGCAUGGCAUGGUCACUGCCACUACUCAUGCUGGUGGUGUAUGGAGUCUGUCUGCCAGCUUCAGCACAAGUCUGCACACUGUUUAGUCAGCCUGCCAUUCCUCUGCUUUCUGCAGAAAGAGACAUCAACAUUGGGGCAAUAUUCUCAAUCCACAUUAGUGCUCUGCUAAAGAUGCAUCCUUUUACUACCAAACCAGAGCCAACAACAUGUGUCAGCUUGAGCUUGCGUGAGUUUAAAUUUGUCCAGACACUGAUUUUUGCCAUUGAGGAGAUUAAUAACAGCACACAGCUGUUGCCUGGCGUUUCUUUGGGCUAUAAGAUAUAUGAUUCCUGUGGCUCAAUAGCUCAGACUAUCUUCUCAGGCAUGGCUUUGAUGAAUGGCUAUGAAGAGACUUUGAGUGAUACAUCCUGCUCUAGACCACCAGCUGUUCAUGCCAUUAUUGGAGAGUCAAACUCAUCUCCCACCAUAGCCUUGGCAUCUAUAGCUGGUCCAUUCAGCUUACCUGUUAUCAGUCAUUUUGCCACAUGUGCAUGCCUGAGUAACAGAAAAAGGUAUCGAUCCUUCUUCAGAACAAUAUCCAGUGAUUAUUACCAAAGCAGAGCGCUGGCUCAACUUGUCAAGCACUUUGGCUGGACUUGGGUUGGGACAGUCAGGAGUCGCAGUGACUAUGGUAAUAAUGGCAUUGCAGCAUUUGAGGAGGCUGCAAAAAAAGAAGGGAUUUGUAUUGAAUACUCAGAGACCAUAUUAAGAACUGAUCCUCAGGAGCAGUUUCUAAAGACGCUGGAAGUUAUAAAGAAAGGCACCGCCAGAGUGGUGCUGGCUUUCGUUGCAUUAAGAGAUUUUUUUCCCCUUGUGAAUGUAAUUGCGCAACACAACAUCACAGGGCUGCAGUGGGUUGGCAGUGAAUCCUGGAUCACUUCCAGAACUGUUGCAGAAACAAAGGAAUACAGUUUCCUAUCUGGAGCUGUGGGUUUUGCUAUAGCAAAUGCCAAACUUGUGGGUCUGCGAGAGUUCCUAGUGAAUGUGCACCCUGAUCAAGAACCAAAAAAUGAACUUUUAAAAGAAUUUUGGGAAGCAGCUUUUCAGUGCUCUUUCAGGAAAGUUGGCAGUGGUGGCUGUACAGGCACAGAGAGACUGUCUGAGCUGCAAAACGAAUAUACUGAUGUGUCAGAGCUACGGAUAGCAAAUAAAGUGUACACUGCAGUGUAUGCUGUCGCACAUACCCUACAUAAUGUAUUAAAAGAUUUCAGAUUCUCCACCAACAGCAGCAAAGGAGAACGGCCCACACCGCAAAAGGUGUUGGAGUAUAUGAGAAAUGUGAGAUUCACUGUCAAAACAGGUGAAGAAAUCUUCUUUGAUGCAAGUGGUGAUCCAGUGGCAAGAUAUGACCUGGUGAACUGGCAACCUGCUGGGAAUGGAGGCCUGCAGUUUAAGCAUGUGGGCCUCUAUGACAGUUCACUGCCCUCAGAGCAACGCCUUCAAGUCAGUCAGGAACAUGUUUUAUGGGCAGGAAACAGUGGACAGUUGCCUGUGUCCGUGUGCAGUGAGAGCUGCCCCCCUGGCACUAGGAAGGCUAUGAAAAAAGGACGACCUGUCUGCUGUUAUGACUGUAUUCCAUGUGCAGAGGGAGAAAUCAGUAAUGGCACAGAUUCUAGUAACUGCUUUCCUUGUCAUUUAGAGUACUGGUCGAAUGAAAGCAAAGACAGAUGUGUUUUAAAAGUGGUUGAAUACCUUUCUUAUACAGAAAUCAUGGGGAUGUUGCUUUGUAUGUUCUCCUUCAUUGGGGUAUUAUUAACAGCACUAGUAUCUUUUCUGUUUUAUCUCCAUAAAGAAACACCUAUUGUCAGAGCCAACAACUCAGAGUUGAGCUUCCUGCUACUCUUCUCACUCUCACUGUGUUUUCUCUGUUCACUUACUUUCAUUGGUCGGCCCACUGAGUGGUCCUGCAUGUUGCGUCACACAGCAUUUGGGAUCACAUUUGUCCUCUGCAUCUCCUGUGUUCUGGGGAAAACAAUAGUUGUGUUAAUGGCUUUCAGGGCUACACUUCCAGGAAGUAAUGUCAUGAAAUGGUUUGGACCUGCACAACAACGACUCAGUGUUGUUUCCUUAACAUUAAUACAGGUGAUUAUAUGUGUGCUUUGGUUAACAAUAUCCCCUCCUUUCCCAUAUAUGAAUUUGAGCUACUACAGAGAAAAGAUAAUCCUCGAAUGUAACUUAGGUUCAGCUCUUGGUUUCUGGGCUGUUCUUGGUUAUACUGGUCUUCUAUCAGUCUUGUGUUUUGUUUUAGCUUUUCUUGCUCGGAAGCUCCCUGAUAACUUCAAUGAAGCCAAGUUCAUCACAUUCAGUAUGCUCAUAUUCUGUGCUGUCUGGCUCACAUUUAUCCCAGCUUAUAUCAGUUCUCCUGGAAAAUUCACAGUAGCUGUGGAGAUAUUUGCUAUUUUAGCUUCAAGUUUUGGUUUACUAUUUUGCAUAUUUGCUCCAAAAUGUUACAUAAUUUUGCUAAAACCAGAGAAGAACACCAAGAAACAAAUGAUGGGGAAAUCUUCAGCUAAAGCACUUUAAAACCCAUGAAUUACUGAACAAAAUAGUAUAAAGCAACAUAUAUGUAAAUAAAUAAAUUCAUAAAUAGUCAGUAAAAAGUAAACCUUCAAUCAAUAGCAUAGUAGGUUGGUUUUCAUAAUUAUUGUGAAAAGUUCAUUAUUACUGCCUGAACUGACAGACUGACAAAAAUACACUUCUGUCUAAUAAACUGGUGGAUUCACAUGUCAUAUCAUGAGUAAUGGCAGCUACACAAUAGCAGAGCAUUUUCAAGGCUGUCUGACAAAUUAGUGCUCCUCACAGGCUGCGCUAUGCACAGCAGAUGCUCAGUUACAAAUCUCCAAUGAUGUCCAAUUAAAUUGGAUUCUUUGAUUAACAGAAACAGAAAAUAAAUGUAGUAUUUUUCCAGCUUUCUGCAUUCCUAAACUAUGCAGCCAUUUUUUAUUUUUUUUUUUGGUUUAGAAUUAUAAUUCAUGGGAUGGGCAUAAGUGUAUGCUCCUUAAGUGCAUGCUAUGUAUUAAGCAUCAUACUCAUUCUAUAUUAAAUGUGAAAAAGACAAAAAGU